AUGGAGACCAUUCCUACCAACAUCAGAUCUGGGCCCUUCUUGCCUGUUUCGACUCCAGGCCCAGCAAACUGCAGCACGUGGGACCAGCGGUGGGGAGGGGCUUACUUACACAGGUUAGCUCACCUGGAUGUGCAGCUGUACCAGGACUUCUAUGCUGUGUGGGUCUCUCUCAUGGUGUGUAACUGUCUCAUGUUAGUGGUCGGUGUGGUCCUCAACAGCCUGGCUCUCUAUGUCUUCUGCGGACCCUCCAGCCAUUCCUCUGCCUCCGUGGUUUAUACCAUAAACCUGGCUGUAGCUGACCUGCUUGUGGCACUGUCAUUACCAGCUCGUAUUGCUCUGUACCACAGUGGAGGCACCUGUGUGACCUGUUCCUACGUUCACACUUUCAGCUACUUUGUUAACAUUAUCUGUGUAGAUCGAUACCUCGCUGUCGUCCAUGCAUCCAGUACUCUGCAUCGAUGCAGGACCACAGGAACAGCCAAGUGGGUCAGCACCACAGUUUGGUUCGUUGCAGUUGUAGUCACCUACUCUUUUCAGACCACUGCACUGGAGUUCAGCUCCUCCUGUGUGCUCCUCCCUGCUCUCUUCUACCUCACCAUCCUUGAGUUCCUUCUACCCCUGCUGGCCGUUGUUGGCUUCACGCUACGUGUUGCCUGUUUUCUCUCUUCCAGCCAUGGCCUGAUGCCCCAGCAGAGUCGGGCAAGGAGGGCACGGGCUGUCAGGCUACUAGCCACUGUCCUGGUAGUCUUCACAAUCUGUUUCACACCUUUCCAUAUCCGGCAGGUGUUGGUUUACUUCCGGGUCAAAGUCAAGGGAGAGGAAGGACUGGGUCAGGGGGCAGGGCAUGUACUUGCCUAUCACAUCACGGUCACACUAAGCAGUUUGAACAGCUGCCUGGAUCCAGUAGUUUACUGUUUUGUAACCGACAGCUUCAAGAGAGUGUGGAGAUCAAGGAGGCGGGGAGUGAGGGAGUGGGACGGGGAGAUGGGACACACAAGUGUGGGAGAAGGUGAGAGACAUUCAGUUAAUGGUACAGCACUGGCAAUAGCUCACAGCGUGGCCACACUCACCCUCACCAGCACUCCCCUCUCUGCAGCCCACAUGGAACAGUCCUCUGAGAGGGAGGUGACCCCCUGUACACUUUUGGAUGAAUCAGUCAAAAUAGACACCUGGAGAGGAGUCAUCAAAGAGUGA